UCCUUCAAACUCCUCUACUGCACAAUGAGAUCACAUAUCCUUAGUAAAAGAAGUCCCAAUAUGACUGGCUCUAUCUGCUUUCGGCCAUGUGGAUAUUCUUGCAAUAUUGUAAAUCGCAGGAAUGAAACAGCUUAAAAUUGACAUCAUUCUCUGAGGAUCGAUCUUAUCUAGGCUUCAGCUUUCUUUUCUCUUUUGUCACAUAGUACUAGUUGAAUCACAUAUUACUGCUUCGAUCGAACACCCUCAUCAGUUACUAGUACUGAUCUAAGAGUGACAUAUCAAACCAUAUAUAGAUGAAUCCAGCUAUGGGAUGGUCAUGGGGAAUAGCUCUGGCAGUGGCAGUGCUUGCACUUGCCUACCUCCUGCAAGCAGCAGCCUGGCUCAGGCGGAACAAGAAGAACAGCAGAUUGCCUCCAGGUCCAAAACCUCUCCCAAUUCUGGGCCAUUUUCACUUGUUGGGGAAGCUUCCACACCAGGAUCUACACCGGCUGGCCAAGAAACACGGCCCCAUCAUGUACCUGCGCUUCGGCUUCGUCCCUAACAUCGUCGUCUCGUCACCGGAAGCCGCCGAGCAGUUCCUCAAGACCCACGACAUUGUCUUCGCCGGCAGGCCGCCUCACGAGGCAGCCAAGUACAUAUCCUACGAGCAAAGGAGCAUGUCCUUCGCCCCCUACGGCCCCUUUUGGCGAGAAAUGCGAAAGCUUUGCACCUUGCAGUUGCUCAGCGCCCACAAGAUCGCGUCUUUUCAAUCCAUGAGGAAGGAGGAGCUUGACAUUUUGAUCGACAAAAUCAAGCAGGCAGCUCAGGAUAGCAUUACAGUCGAUCUGAGCGCUAGCGUCGCAUCCAUGAGUGCGGAUAUGAGCUGUCGGAUGGUGUUCGGGAAGAAAUACGCGGAGGAGGAGUUCCACGAGAAGGGGUUCAAAGCUGUGAUUCAAGAGGGGAUGAAGCUGGGGGCAAUUCCUAACAUAGGAGACUACUAUCCCUAUGUUGGGAAGCUUGAUCUACAAGGGUUAACUCGACGAAUGAAGGCAGUACGCAAGGUGUUCGAUGGAUUCCUUGAGAAGAUCAUCGACGAGCAUGUUCAAGCUGGGGGCCAAGGCCAAAACAAGGACUUUGUUGACAUCUUGUUGGCCUUCAUGAAAUCUGAUCAAGCCGACUUCCGUAUUGAUCGUUGCCAUGUCAAAGCUGUUAUGUUGGAUAUGCUUGCUGCCUCCAUGGACACUUCCGCAACCGCAAUUGAUUGGACCCUCUCUGAGCUUCUGAGGCAUCCACGAGUGAUGAACAAAGUCCAAGAUGAGCUUCAACAAGUGGUAGGCAUGGAGAGGAUGGUGGAAGAAACUGACUUAGACAAGCUGGAGUACUUGGAAAUGGUGGUGAAGGAAGCCUUUAGGUUGCAUCCGGUGGCACCGUUGUUGCUCCCCCAUGAAGCCACCCAAGAUUGCAUCGUGAAUGGCUACCAUAUACCGCGAAAAGCUCGACUUACCAUCAACAUAUGGGCCAUUGGCAGAGACCCAAAUGUGUGGACUGAUCCGGAGAAGUUUAUCCCGGAGAGAUUUGAAGGGAGCACGAUCGAUCUGCGGGGCCGUGAUUUCCAGUUGCUUCCGUUUGGAGCCGGCCGGAGACGCUGCCCGGGGCUGCAAUUGGGCCUACUGAUGGUGAAACUGGUGGUAGGGCAGUUGGUGCAUUGCUUCAAGUGGGAGCUGCCAGAUGAUAUGUUGCCUACGGAUUUGGACAUGAGUGAGGAUUUUGGUCUGGUUACUACUAGAACUAAGCACCUCCUGGCUAUUCCCGCUUAUCGCCUUUCCAAAUAAUGGAUCAAGUUCCACUUAACUAGGUUUAUUUGUCAGCUACUUCCGGAGUUUUAAUGUUAUUAUGUUUUUUAUUUCUGCAUUCAAACCUACAAUAAUGAGAUCCUAUAUUAAAGAAAGAAAGCAAUCUUCUUUUAUUUUGCA